AAGAAACCUCCAAGGAUGACAGAGGAAUGGGAAAUGAGGAGAGGAAUGCUGGACAGUUCUACCAUGUGUGUGACAAAGAUGACAGUGGCACGGCUGUUGCAAGGGCUGGAGAGGAAUUGCACCCGCUUGACAAAUGCAGAGUACAACAGCCAGAUGGAGAAUCACACGUGGGACCUGGUGUACUUGCCAAAUGGGAAGAAGGCAAUACAGUGCAAGUGGCUGGCAAAAAUCAAGACGGAUGAGAAAGGAGGGCCAUCACUGAUCCUGCUGAAGAAACCUCCAAGGAUGACAGAGGAAUGGGAAAUGAGGAGAGGAAUGCUGGACAGUUCUACCAUGUGUGUGACAAAGAUGACAGUGGCACGGCUGUUGCAAGGGCUGGAGAGGAAUUGCACCCGCUUGACAAAACCGACCGAGGUGGAGAGUUUCUAGGAGGAGAUCUGACUGCGUGGCUCAAGAAACAAGGCAUUGAGCAUCAGCUAACGACGUCCUAUACCCCUCAGUCAAAUGGCGUUGCUGAGAGGGCUAAUAGGACCAUCCUGGA